AUGCUCACUAGAGCUAGCUUAGUCUCAAGCUCCUCCUCCUCCUCCUCACUCGAAGCCGCCGCCAUUGUUACCCUCAUUGCCUCCCUCAUCUACCUCCUCGGCUUCUUCGGCAUCGACUUCGUCCAGUCCUUUAUCUCACGCGCCUCCCGCUACGAUGACGCCAUCAAGAAGCUGCUUAGAGAAAAUAGAUUUGAUGACAUUGUGGAUGGAAAUAUGAAGACCUAUGAUGAAAAAGAAGUCGGUGCUGUCAUUCAGGUUGCAUUGCUCUGCACCCAGAGCUCACCUGAGGACCGUCCAACAAUGGCUGAAGUGGUUAGAUUGCUGCAGGGAGUGGAUCUAGCAGAGAGAUGGGCUGAGUGUGAGCAACUUGAAGAUGUAAGGAGUCGUGAAUUCUCACUCCUGUCGCACCAGUUUGCAUGGGCUGAGGAGACUACACAUGAUCAAGUAGCUAUACUACACAUGAUCAAGUAG